AUGGCAAGCACUAUUGAAGCGCCGGGGCAGCUUACCCAGGACCAGAUGGAAACUCUGAAGAAAGGCUGUCAAGGCCUGAAACCGGGCAUCGACACAUCUUACGGUUAUGUGCCGACUUUAGGGGUUGGAGUUGCCUUCUGUGCUCUGUUCAUUCUAAGUCUUGUGGGCCAUAUUAUGCAAUAUAUUAGAAAACGAAGAUGGACCUCACUCGCCUUUGCUGUUGGAGCUAUGACUGAAUUGAUAGGUUGGGCUGGCCGUACGUGGUCAAGCGAGUGUCCGUAUAAUGGCGACGCCUUUCUGAUGCAGAUCACGACGCUCAUUAUUGCUCCGAACCUUUUCACGGUAGGAUUAUACAUAAUACUUGGCGCUCUCAUCAACCGGCUGGGUCGUCAAUCUUCCAUUCUCACCCCCAAAAUGUAUGCCACUGUCUUUCUGACAUGUGACAUCAUCGCUCUUGUCAUCCAGGCCGUCGGAGGAGGUAUGGCAUCCACUGAGGCAGAUAAAAUCCACGGCAAUACGAAGCCAGGAACAAAUAUCAUGGUCGCUGGUAGUGUCUUCCAGAUGGCGGCCAUGGUAGUCUUCACCGUCUUGGUAUUGGACUUCAUGAGGAGAGUAUCUCUAAAGACGUCAUACUUAGAGAGCAACAAGAAUAGACCAGAACAGCACGAGGCGCUCCCGAGAAGUUAUAUCUGGCUAUUGGCCGCCGUCUUUAUUUCCCUAACUAUGAUCUUCGUCCGAAGCAUCUACCGUACGAUUAAGCUCAUCCAGGGUUAG